AUGGCGAUGUUCGCAAAGUCAAAAAAUAUAGUAUCUUUGGUCCGAGAAUUAAAACCCCGUAAAGAUACGUCCCGUAUUGAAGUUAGGAUUAUUCGGUUGUGGAAGAACUACAACAAAGAAUCAGGAAAUACUAUUGAAAUGGUUUUUGCUGAUAGAGAAGGGACAAGAAUUCAUGCUUCAGUUGGAGAACAACUCAUCAAAAAAUAUGGUGAAAAGCUACAUGAGGGAGAUGCAAUUGUCGUCCAGUUGUUCAAUGUCUUCGAUGCAAUUGGUGAAUAUCGUACAACUCCACAUCUGUACAAAAUUGGUUUCUAUCCAACCACUUUUGUUGGAAAAGCUUUAGAUUUUCCAAGUGAAAUUCCUGAAAAGAAUUUUGCCGAUUUUACCGAUAUUCUGGAAGGAAAGAUUGAUAGCAUCUGCUUAGUUGAUAUAAUUGGACAAAUCGUCAACUUUGGGUCGCUGGAAAACAAAAGCAUUAAAGGCAAAGAUAACAUGAGGCUUUUGAUCGAGCUACGUGACCAUAGUAAUGUCAAGAUCAUGUGUACUCUGUGGGGUGGUUAUGCUAAACAAGUAUACGACUACAGUAUGAGUAACAUGUCCAUUAUGAUAAUUUGUAUUAUCAGGUUCUGUUCCAUUAAAGAGUGGAAAGGGGUUUACUCCAUAUCUAGCGGGUUUAAUUCCACCCAAAUUUUGCUAAACCCAACGUGUUCAUUGGUUGAUGAGUUUAAAUUGUGUCUUCCUGAUGAUUCACUUGCUAUAACAAACAAGGAUAGUAGCCAAUGGAGUGUUGCUAGUGCUACAUCUGUUCGUGCCCGGUUUUUUGUUCUUAAUGAGAGGCUAACAAUAAGAGAUAUCGUUGACAGUACUCUGGUUGGAACUUUUGUCACCUUGGGGACUAUUGAAAACAUAGAUACUGAGCGUGGUUGGCAAUAUCUAAGUUGCAAAUACCACAACAAAAAAGUUAUGCCUACAACCAAUGUUGAUGAUGACAACCGUCCUUUGUUCUACUGUAAUACAUGUGAUAAAGAACACAUUGAUGUCAUUCUGAGGUAUUUCAUUGAACGCGUACAUAAUUAA